AUAAAAGUAAUAAAUUUAUUUACCUCCUCAAUACUUAUAACACUAUUCAUAUUAACUAUUCCCAUUAUAAUAACUAACACCACAAUAUAUACUAACAAACUUUACCCCCAAUAUGUAAAAACCACUAUCUCAUAUGCUUUUAUUAUCAGCUUAAUCCCCACAACUGUAUUCCUUUAUUCAGGACAAGACACAAUAAUUUCAAAUUGACACUGAAUUACAAUUCAAACAAUAAAACUAUCACUUAGCUUUAAACUUGAUUACUUUUCAAUAACCUUUAUACCAGUAGCUUUGUUUGUCACAUGAUCAAUUAUAGAAUUCUCAAUAUGAUACAUACAUUCAGAUCCCUAUAUUAAUCGAUUUUUCAAAUACCUACUCCUGUUUCUUAUUACCAUAAUAAUUCUGGUUACCGCCAACAACAUAUUCCAACUAUUCAUUGGCUGAGAAGGAGUAGGCAUUAUAUCAUUUCUACUUAUCGGGUGAUGAUACGGACGAACAGACGCCAACACAGCCGCACUACAAGCUAUUUUAUAUAACCGCAUUGGAGAUGUAGGGUUCAUCCUAGCUAUAGCCUGAUUCCUGAUUAACCUAAACACAUGAGACCUCCAACAAAUCUUUAUAAUUAACCACGAAAACCUAACUAUACCCCUCAUAGGCCUUAUAUUAGCAGCUACCGGAAAAUCCGCACAAUUUGGCCUUCACCCAUGACUACCAUCAGCCAUGGAAGGCCCAACCCCUGUAUCAGCCCUACUACACUCAAGCACAAUAGUCGUAGCAGGGGUUUUCCUAUUAAUUCGAUUCCACCCCUUAAUAGAACACAACAAAACUAUACAAACUACUACAUUAUGCCUAGGAGCAAUCACAACCCUAUUUACAGCAAUUUGCGCCCUAACACAAAAUGAUAUUAAAAAAAUCGUUGCUUUCUCCACCUCAAGUCAACUAGGACUAAUAAUCGUAACCAUCGGCAUCAACCAACCCUACCUAGCAUUCCUCCAUAUUUGCACUCACGCAUUCUUCAAGGCCAUGUUAUUCAUAUGCUCCGGAUCUAUUAUUCACAGCUUAAAUGACGAGCAAGAUAUUCGAAAAAUAGGAGGACUAUUCAAAGCACUACCAUUCACCACCACCUCCCUAAUUGUUGGAAGCCUAGCACUUACAGGAAUACCUUUUCUAACAGGUUUUUACUCCAAAGACCUGAUCAUUGAGACCGCCAACACGUCGUAUACCAACGCCUGAGCCCUUCUAAUAACUCUCGUUGCCACCUCCAUAACAGCUGCCUACAGCACUCGAAUCAUAUUCUUCGCACUAUUAGGACAACCCCGCUUUAACCCUAUUAUCACAAUCAACGAGAAUAAUCCACUCCUAAUCAAUUCCAUUAAACGUCUCUUAUUCGGGAGUAUUUUCGCAGGAUUCUUAAUCUCUAACAAUAUUACACCCACCACCACCCCACAGAUAACUAUGCCUCAUUAUCUUAAAAUAACAGCUCUCACAGUAACUAUUUUAGGUUUCAUCCUGGCACUAGAACUAAACCUUAUAAUGCAGAGCCUAAAAUUCAAGUACCCCUCUAACCUAUUCAAAUUCUCAAACAUGCUGGGCUAUUUCCCCACCAUUAUUCACCGCCUAGUACCCAUAACAAACCUACUAAUAAGUCAAAAAUCAGCAUCAACACUACUAGACACAAUUUGAUUAGAAAAAAUCAUACCAAAAUCUAUCUCCCAUUUCCAAAUAAAAUCUUCAACUAUUAUCUCCACCCAAAAAGGUUUAAUCAAACUAUACUUCAUAUCUUUCAUAUUAACCCUAACUAUUAGCUUGCUAGCACUUAAUUUCCACGAGUAA